CAGGGCGGGGCUGGGCGCUCAGCUCCUUUCCUUCCUCCCCUUCCCCGUCGGGGCGCCUGUCUCAUAGUCGCUGAAGACUGGGUGGGGGGUGGUUGAGGGUGGGGGCACUUUGCUGUCGCUGUUGCCGCUGCCACUGCUACUGCCGCUGCCACCAGGGCGGCCAGGCAGCGCCUGGUAGGGCAGGGCUGAGCUCUGCUAGGUGGGCUGCACUCUGCGCCGCCGGGCUGCGCUCUCUUACACGCUCGCUGGGCUGAGCUCCUGUAGGUGGGGGAGUGUUUGGUGGUGGUGGGGCUGGGGCUGCUGCUGUUGGUGUUGGUGUUGGUGUUGGUGUUGGUAUUGGUGCUGCCGCUGUUUCUGCCGCUGCUUCUGCCGCCGCCGUCGCUGCCGCCUCUGCUGUUACGCCAGCCUCGCCGCCUCUCGCUCUGAUUCUGCGCAUAGGCAGCCCUGGAGCCUGUCAUUCUGCAAAAACACAGUUUACUCAACACACACACACAGACACACACACACUCGCACUCCUCGCACACACUCGCACCCUCGCUCGCGCGCGCACGCACACACACUCACACUCUGGGAGCAGAGCGAGGAGGGAGAGGGAGCCGACGAGAGCGGGGCGCAGGGCGCGGGGAGCCCCAGGCACACGCACCGAGAGCGAGCCAAGUUCCGCAGCCCAGCAUGGCUUCGGGGGACCUUUACGAGGUUGAGAGGAUCGUAGACAAAAGGAAGAACAAGAAAGGGAAAUGGGAAUAUCUCAUCCGAUGGAAAGGUUAUGGCAGCAACGAGGACACAUGGGAGCCUGAGCAUCAUUUACUGCACUGUGAGGAGUUUAUCGAUGAAUUUAAUGGACUGCAUGUGGCAAGAGAGAAGAGAAUUAAGUCUGGGAAGCAGAGCAACACCCCAAAAUUCCUAAGAGAAAGUCGUGGAGCAUCUAUUGAGAAACUGUCUCAUAGACCUGAAUCAGGGAAGAGCAAAGGGAGUUCCCACAAACGGAAGCGGAUGAACCCUUCCCUCCAAAAACCAAAAAAGGGGUAUGCCACAAAGCCCCAAUCAGGGGGGGACAGAGCUGCCAAGACUGUUUCUUACCGAACUACGCCCAGUGGCUUGCAAAUCAUGCCAUUAAAAAAGGCACACAGUGGGAUACUGAAUGGAGAUGCCAGUCAUGAGAAAGAUGCAGGACACUUUGGGGAUGCCACCCACCCACCCAACUUGGAUUUGAAUGAGCAUGAGGGAGAGCCCAAUAUGGCCAACGAAUGUGAAGUUAGCCACGACUCAGUGGUUGCGAAUGGAAUCGGUUCCACUCUGACCAAUGGAGGUUUACACUUGCAUAGCCCUGUGAAGAGGAAACUUGAAGGGGACAAAGAUUACGUCUUUGAUAAGAGGCUCAGGUAUAGCGUCCGUCAAAAUGAGAGCAACUGUCGGUUUCGAGACAUUGUGGUGAGGAAGGAAGAAGGAUUCACGCACAUUCUGCUGUCCAGCCAGACUUCUGACAACAAUGCCCUGACACCUGAGAUUAUGAAGGAAGUGCGGAGAGCUUUGUGCAACGCGUCCACGGACGACAGCAAACUCUUGCUUCUCAGCGCGGUUGGAAGUGUGUUCUGUAGCGGCUUAGAUUAUUCCUACUUACUUGGCAGGUUGUCCACCGACAGAAGAAAGGAGAGUGCCAGGAUUGCAGAAGCCAUAAGGGAUUUUGUAAGAGCUUUCAUCCAGUUUAAGAAGCCUAUAGUGGUUGCUAUUAAUGGGCCUGCCCUGGGGCUGGGAGCAUCUAUCCUGCCUCUCUGUGACAUCGUCUGGGCCAGUGAAAAGGCCUGGUUUCAGACGCCAUAUGCAACCAUACGCCUCACUCCUGCUGGAUGCUCCUCCUAUACAUUCCCACAAAUCCUUGGUGUUGCUCUGGCCAAUGAAAUGUUGUUCUGUGGAAGGAAGCUCACAGCUCAGGAAGCUUGUAGCCGAGGGCUUGUGUCCCAAGUCUUCUGGCCAACCACCUUCAGCCAAGAAGUCAUGUUACGUGUCAAAGAGAUGGCCGCUUGCAGUGCUGUCGUGUUAGAAGAGUCUAAAUGCCUCGUGAGGAGCUUCCUGAAAUCAGUCCUUGAGGAUGUGAAUGAGAAGGAAUGUCAGAUGCUAAGACAGCUAUGGAGUUCUUCCAAAGGCCUGGAUUCACUAUUCAGCUACCUGCAAGAAAAAAUCUAUGAAGUCUGAAAGGCUCUGGUCUGAUUUUUGCACCCCAGUUCUGUGCCCAGAAUAGCCUGACUUCUGGCUCUUCUCUGUGUUCAAAACAUUGGAGCCCAGUGUUCUGAAAAGGAGCUUGUGAAUGUCUCUCCAUACCUAGGGUUGUGUCAGUUUUCCUCGUGAGUCAUUCUGGGACUUUACUGGGUUGUUUCUGCAUUGGUUUGGUUUUGUGUAACAGAUGUGGGGCUCAGCAUUCUCGGUUUGACUCCCUUGGUCAGAGGUUCCCCUCAAGGUCUGUCUCUUCUGGGAGGAAGCUUAUCUGAUGGCUAGACAUGCAGCUUCCUCAUGUUCUGGAUUCCACCGCCAUGAUCCAGUAAGGCAGUACCAUACCCCCCCCGCCCCCAGUUUUCUUUGUCCAUUUGACUCAGGCUGUGUCAAUACUGUGCCGCUCCUUGGAGAGUGUCAGCUUUUGACCAGCUAGGAGGGCUGGUAUUACAUCAAAUGCCAAUCAAAGGACUGGGUUGAGCAUGACGGAUGAGUCCGUCAUCCUCAGGCAAUCCUCAGCCCAAUCGAUCACAUAGACCCUGUAUCAGGUUCCUUCCUGUCACCACAAGGAUCUGUGUGACAUCUAGGACUUAAUCUAAAAAUCUUAUGAAAAUAAUUGACAAACCCAGAUAUUGUAUAUUUAGAAAUGUUUUGUUAAAUAUAUAUUUUUCAAACACUGUAAGUGGCAAUUCUAAUAAUUUAUGUGUAUUAUAUGUAAAAUUAGGGUGGGUUUUUUUUUUGCAAAAGUUACAGGAAAAUGUUUUUCCCUUUAAUUAAACUUAUUUAACUUAUUUAUUUGUGUUUAUAUUCAGCUGUCUGUUAUUCACACAGAUGUUAUUUUCAUACUGCCCUGGACCAAAUUCAAGGGAUGUGCUAGUCAGCGCAUCUUAGUAAUGAGCCACAAUGAGAGAAAAUGCCGACAGAAAAGCAACAUAGAACUUUUCCAGAUAACAAAUGAAUUCUUCUGAACCUCUCCUCAGUGGGAAGCUAUUCCAAGAUGUAAUGUGCGUGCUUUUUACUGUAGACUUAUCACAAAGAAUAAUGGUAGAAAAUGUUUCUCUUCACUGACUGUCUUUUUGGAGAGAAUUGUGCUUUCUAGCUAAUACCACAUCUAAGCAUUCUCAAUUCACAGUAACCUGGCAUGAGGACAAGGUGGAGACAGCACCGUUUUGUGAAAUAUCUCUUCUCCAGCCUAGAGCAUAUUAACUUGGUACAAAUGACAGUGUUUCUUCUAUAUGCCUUGAGAGAGCAAAAGAUCAUAGAUACAGAGCUGGAUGAGACUUUUGUGGCUACUGAAUCCUCUUAACUCUUAUUUUACAGAUACAGAAACUGAGGCUUAGAGAGAUGAAGUGACUUUGCUCAGACAGCUAAUAAGUGUCUUAGGCAGGAUUCAAUCCUAAGUCUUCCUGACUCCAGUCGCUGAUUUACCACAUCAUGAUGGGACUAACAACUUCUCCCUUGGGUCUUUGAAAACCAUAGGGAAGGUUAUAGCUCAGCUGGACUAUUGGCAGAAGGGUCUCUGUAGGUUGUGUUAACAAAUGCAAGUGCCAUUCUCCUUCUUUUGGCCCUUUAGCAGCUUUUCCCGGAGUUCUGGAGCCAAAGGAGGGAGCAAUAAAUAUUUAUCAUCCUACUAUCCAAUAUAUCUGAGUUUCAGGAAAACCUUGGCACUGGCUUUGAAUUGACUGUGGAAAAAAAACUCAGACUUAGCCACUAGAAGGAAAGCUAUUCUUCAUUUGAAAAGGGAAAAAUCUAGAAGAAGAGUGCACUCAGCUAUAAAGGUCAUGUAGAAAUUAGCACAAAAAGUGCAAAAAAAAUUAAAUCUGUCAAGGGGCAGACACUCACCUCAAGAAAGUCAAUGAGAAUGCUCUUCCACACAUCUCCUUGUCUAUUUCUCCAUCUUGGAUCUUCCCAGAUUCAUUCAGUCAUCAUCUUCCUCCUUCCUCCAAUAGCACCCAGCUUUUCAUGGACAUCAGUAGUAAAAGACCAACCCAAAUUGGGCACAUCCAAGGAAGGCUGUUUGCAAAGCCAGCCACAGCUACAAUUAUUGCUGUAA